GCCAAAUCUCCCACUCCCACCCCCACCCCACCCCCUAAAAAAAGGGAAAAGCCCUAAGACGUCGACUAAUUCUCUAGACAGUUCGUAUAAACCUAAAAAGCCAGAAACGUCAACUUCUCUAACAGUUCCAUCAUAACCUCAGUUUUGAACGAAUUUGCAGAGAUCUGCUACGACGAAUUCAAAUAAUUAAAGAAACUGAUCUACUCCUAAAAUUCAGCAAUUAGCGAACGCAGCUACUCGUCACCUUCAUUGACAACAGCUGCUCAUCUUCGAGUUUCUUCUCAUUAAGGAUGGAUGGGCUAGGGAGUAAAUACACACAACUUGCAAAGAUAGUGUUUGAUCAGCAUUCAUCACCAUCUUCAAGUGAUCAAUAGAUUGAAUCAUUUAACAGAUUACAAAACUGAGAUUACUGGAAUAACCGCCGGAGAUUUAGAUGGAGUUUCUUGUUCAUUGGCUGAUGCACAGAUGUCCAUGAAGAAGCUAAAAACCAUAUUGAUUGGCCACAGUUUACACAAUGACCUUCGAGGAUCAGCCUUCUAAUAGAAGACCUUCUUUAAGUAAUUUGUGUAAGUCUUUGUGUUUCCAAAUAGUUGUGUUAGGUUUUGAACUUCGAAAGAAGGACUCUCCACAUAAUUGUCUGGAUGAUGCAUGUACUGCGAUGAAACUUGUUCUUGCCAAGAUUAGUGUGGAGUUGAUUGUAUCAUACCGUUAGUUCAUGAGGAGGUGCAAGAGCCCUAGGUGGCAAAGCUACUUGUCCACAAAAUACCAGUGUCUGUUCAUAGCGAAGAGUUACACAAAGUUAUUCCUGGAGACUUUACCAUAGAAGUUAAGAUUAAAAAUUUGAAGUCCAAAGAACCUAUCCUUGAAGAAAGUGUAGAGCAUAUUGAAGUAUAAGAGGUUUUUGGUUUGUGGGGGAUGAUUAAAGACAUUGUCUUAUGUACAUAUAUAUGAUGCAAUUUUACUUUUUCUCUCUUUAGGAAUUGUUAAAAAUGAUCUCUUACAAUUUAGAUUGGUUUCUGGUAAAUAUGAUACUUUAGUUCAUUAUACUAACAAGAUAUCAAGUAUUUGGUUUAUUUUCUAAUGUUGUUCAGCGUGUAUGAAAGCAUAUAAAGAAUUAUUACUAUUCA